AAGUAAUUGUGGAGCACUCCUGAGCUGCUCAGGAGUAACUCAAAUGGGUCACUGGAAAGCACCUCUGGACAGGUGGUGUAUUAUCGAUAAAUGAUGAUGGGUUGGAAGCAUCGAUAUUUCGAUAGUCAAAACUAUCGAUAGUUCUCCAACACUCCUAUUUUCUGGGGUUAGGAAAGUUCUCUCUCAUAAUAAGUAUUUACUUUUUUUUCGUUUUUUUAUUCUUAUAAAUAGAAAAUAAAAAUUAUUAAAGUAAAGAACAUUUUGUUUUUCAAUCCUUUUUUGUUGAAUUUAAACCAACCUAGAUAUUUCAUUGUAUGCCAGAUAUAAAAAAAGAGUAGUUUUUUCUGCAUCUGCUUGCAACUGGUAGGUAUGUGAGGAGGAUUCAAAUAAAAAGAAAACAAGUGAAUAUCAAACUAUUAUGGCAAACACUGCUGGGAGCGUCAAAGAAAUUUGUGAUAAUGUCGCUUUAGCAAGAGAAUUAACUGUGCUGGGAAGCUACGAAAAUGCUAUUAUCUACUAUCAAGGAUCCCUUCAACUCAUGUCGAAAUUUAUUUCUCAAAUAUCUGAUCCUAUAAGAAAAGAUAAAUGGCAACAAAUGAAAAUUAAAGUCAGCCAAGAAUACAGCGAGCUGAACGAUUUAAAAGUUAUAUUGGAUACAUUUAAACUAGAAUGCAGUGGCGAUGUACCUAUCGGAGCAAGAAAAAGAGAUUUACCACCCGAUUCAACUAGUUUAGAUUUGGGUAUCUCAAAGGAUCCAGAUGUUUGGCCAGCUCCAACACCUGUUGACCAUGGAAAUUUUGCAAAAUCGAAAUUUAACAAACCGGCAAAUACAAGAAAAUCUGAAAUAAAAAAAGGCCAAACCAGUGCAAGAGUAAGUUCAUCUACUGCAGCUAGAAAAUCGGAAGGACCAAAGAGCAGUGGCAGAAAUAAUAGAAAAGAAGACAGACCUUCUAGUUCAAAAUCAGAAAGAAAUGCAGAAGGUACCACUGAUUCAGAUCCAACAAUAAAAUCCGAAAUUAAAGAAGAAUCGCCUGAAGAAAAGAAAUUUGAAUGUAACGGCAUGGAAAGAGACUUAGCUGAUAUUUUAGAAAGAGAUAUAGUACAAAAAAAUCCUAAUAUAAGAUGGGACGAUAUUGCAGAUUUACAUGAAGCCAAAAGAUUAUUGGAAGAAGCCGUAGUGUUACCUAUGUGGAUGCCUGAAUUUUUCACUGGUAUUCGAAGGCCUUGGAAAGGUGUGUUGAUGGUCGGACCACCAGGUACUGGUAAAACUAUGUUGGCCAAAGCUGUGGCCACAGAAUGUGGAACAACUUUUUUUAAUGUAUCUUCUUCAACUUUGACAUCUAAAUAUAGAGGAGAAUCUGAAAAGAUGGUCAGGCUUCUUUUUGAAAUGGCUCAUUUUUAUGCUCCCAGCACUAUUUUUAUAGAUGAAAUCGAUUCGCUAUGUUCCAGAAGAGGUUCAGAAUCAGAACACGAAGCAUCCAGAAGAGUUAAAUCCGAAUUACUUGUACAAAUGGAUGGGAUUACAGCAAACUCUGGCGAACCGGGCAAGAUUGUUAUGGUUCUCGCAGCUACAAAUUUUCCUUGGGACAUCGAUGAAGCCUUGAGACGAAGACUAGAAAAAAGAAUUUAUAUACCGUUGCCAACUCGACAAGGUAGAGAGGCGCUAUUGAAAAUUAACUUGAAAGAAGUUAAGUUGGAUCCUGAUGUAGAUCUUACAAGAAUUGCCUGUAAAUUGGAUGGAUAUUCGGGCGCUGAUGUCACUAAUGUUUGCCGUGACGCUUCGAUGAUGUCAAUGAGACGGAAAAUAUGUGGAUUAAGGCCUGAUCAAAUCAAGCAGCUACCGAGAGAAGAAUUAGAUCUGCCUGUAACUGCAAAGGAUUUCCAUGAAGCUAUUGCUAAAAAUAAUAAAAGUGUCUCAAAAGAAGAUUUAAACAAAUUUGAAAAAUGGAUGAAUGAAUUUGGUUCCUCUUGAUAAUGUUGCUAAUAAUAGGCCUUUUCUACAUUUAUAUUCUAAUCCCUAAGUUGUCAAUAUAAUUUUUAUAUAAAUAAACUCCCUACAGGGCAUACUUAAUAAUAAACGAUGUUUACCAAUUUA